AAUCAGACGCCGUCGCUCCCACAAUUGUCAACACACACAGACAUGAAGGUCCUGCUGAUUAUCGCUUUGGGCAUGCUUGCCCUAGCAGCUGCAUACCCUUCGGACAUCGUGGACUUCGAGUUGGACAACCAGGAGCAGGAGCAGGAGGGCCAGGCUGGAAAGGCCGUCGAGGGCGAGUACUCUUGGGUAGCGCCCGACGGUCAGGAGUAUUACGUCAAGUACGUCGCCGACCACAACGGCUACAGGGUCGUCGAGGAAAACGCCAUCCCAGAAGGACCCGAAGCUGGCGCUGAAGAAGGCCCUGAAGAGGCGCCGAAGAAUGAGUGCGAGUUUACGAAUCUGUUUAAAACGAAGAAUCGGAUUGAUUUAAUAAAGAAUGUUGGUUUGGUAUUUCUGCCCUUUUUCUACUUCCUUCGCGAGUUUUGGCGGAAGACGGCCCUCUCAUCGUCGUCAUCCUCCUCAGCUUCUUCGUCCUCCUCGAAGGCUCUGAAGGCGGCCUGUCCUUCUUCGUCGUCUUCCUCGGCUUCCUCAGCUUCUAAGACUUCGGGGACGACGUUGCUGUCGAGGACCCUGAGUACUCGCCCUCGACGGCCCUUCCUGGCUGACCCUCCUGCUCGUGCUCCAUGUGAGUGGCACUCCCCAGCUGACAAAAAUACACUAAUGAUGCCCAAUGGAGCCACACUCCACAUGACGUCGUUCUCCAUACGACGAAAACACGCUAAUUCCGGCCAAGGCUCCUGCCCAAUGAGGUCACACUCAACACCUCUCGACGGCGAAAACACGCCAUUGCUGCUGCCCAGCGAGGUCGCACUCGACACGUCGUCCUCUCGACGGCGAAAACACGCUAAUGCUGGCCAAAGGCUGCCGACCUCCAACUCGAAGUCAUACUCCUUUGGCCAUACCCAUUUCCCAUUGCGUAUGACGGGUGCCCGCGCCGCUUCAAGGUCACGUCAGCCCGGGUGUAUAUAUACAACCAGGAUGGGCGUUGGUAACGCAUUCGUUCUUGUCCUCAUACACGAAGCAGAUAUGAAGGCAUCGGCGCUGACGGCUUUCCUCGGCCUGGUGGCUCUAGUGGCCGCUCGACCCUCGAACGACAUCAUCGACUUCGAGACGGACCACAUGGAGCACGAGCAGGAGGGCCAGCCAGGAAGGGCCGUCGAGGGCGAGUACUCCUGGGUAGCGCCCGACGGCAACGAGUACGUCGUCAAGUACGUGGCCGACCACCUGGGCUACAGGGUCGUCGAGAGCAACGUCGUCCCUGGGGCUGUAGAGGUCGUGCCUGUAGAAGACGCUGAAGGAGGAGGGGAAGAGGAGGAGGUAGUAGCUGCAGCUGUCAGAGCCGUUGAGGAAGAGGAAGUAGCUGCUGCUGAGGAGGAGGAGGAAGGAGGCGAAGGAGGUGAGGAAGAAGGAGAGGGAGAGGAGGAAGGUUUCAGCGCAGCUGAGGAAGAGGAAGAAGGAGAAGAAGAGGAGGAAGAAGAAGAAGAAGAAGAAGAAGAAGAAGAGGAGGAAGAGGAAGAAGAUGAGGAAGAGGAAUGAAUGAGUAUAUUUAAGAUAGAAUAAUCAUAAAAAUAAUAUAAUUUAAUUACGAAAUAUAAAGAAACAUUAUGAGAAA